AUGAACCUCAGUCUUCCUGACCAAAGCAUGCACAGCUCGAGCGAAGGCUGCAUAGAGGAUGACAAAGCUGAUGUCAUGCUGCCGUGCUUCCACCGAAACAUGUACGAUGAGCCUCUGGCCUCGUACUCAAACGGAUCCAUCAUUUCCCAACUCCUCCGUAAGACAAUCCACAGCAAGAGGGCACUAGAUGAAAGCCCUUUCUACCUCUCCAGCUCCGCAGUUGCUGACUGCGGCCAGGAGGACCAGAGCAGUGUCUCCUCAAAGGACAGCACUGUGGAAGCUGCAUCGCCCAGCGGUCACGCCCCUACAGGAGCCAGCCCAGAGGGAGAGCAUGCAAUGUCCGAUCAUCUGCAGGCCAAGAGGGCCAGAGUGGAGAACAUUAUCAGAGUCAUGGUUGGCUCUCCCAACAGCAGGCAGCAUGGAGACAGUGAGCGGUCUGAAAAUGAGGCGAGAGACACCAGAGAGGCCAGAGAAGCAUACAGGGAGAACAAACGCAAGCAGAGGCUGCCUCAGCAUCAGGAACACAGCGCCGCAGCGCAGGUGAGCAGAAAGCCUGGAAGCAGCAGCAGUGACAACUGCAACACCAAGGAUGAGGAGUGCCACAAGCUGAAAGAACAGCUCCACAGCAUGCAGCGACUUCUGCGCCACCUCCAGGAAAAGUUCCUUCAAGUUUACCACCAGGAAGAAGCCGAAUAUGACAGGGAUGAGACCGAAGUUGGUGUUGAGCAUGACAUCCAGGAAGAAAGCACAGAGUCACAUUACAUAAGCGCUGAAGAUGACUUUGAGAGGAAAAAAAACAGGGUGGCUGCAGAGUGUAAGGACCGUAUUAAAGUAGCCGAUUAUCUGGUACAGCAAAGAGAAAGUCAGAACCUACAGGAAACACUGAAGCAGGAGCUCACCAGGGCUGUUAAUGAUUGUGUCGACCGGGUGUUCAAGAAUGUGUCCUCCAAAGGGCUCGACCUGUCCCCUCAGCAGCACAUUUGCUCGUCACCAGAGAUGCAAAUUAGCACAGGUGCAGAGAGGAAGAGCCAGCAAGCCAGCUCUGCCCUCGACCAUUCCCAGGCGGAGGGAGUCGGGAUAAAAUCCCGGUCGUUAGAAUACUACGAAAGCUCUGAGGCUCACAGCCCACAGGACCAGACCGAGGCGCUGUCACUGGUGGUACGGAAGCCUGCGGUGCCGCCUAUGAGCUCCGUCACCCCUACAGUGAAGAGACCCUACCCUGUGCACCAGGCACCCUUUCAAUUCAGCUACAGUACCCCUCUGCACGACAGCCACAUCCUCGAGCAUCUUCUCAAAUAUGGGCCGCAUUCCAACUUCGGGGGUCUCCCCUGCCUGCCCCCGUCUAUGGACAGAACCUCCCCGGACUCAGUCGACCUGCCUUGGGAGACCAUUGCUAUGAGAUCCAAGGUCACAUCCAGCCACCUCGGCCAUCACGCUCGUCCCUCCUCCCUUGGGGGGGUGACGGUCGACAACCUGUGUCUCCCUCACGUCAAGAUCGAGUGCGGUGAACUGCAGGGCAUGGCCGACAGAAACCCGUAUAUGUCUCUAAACAUCCAGGAGGGCCUCACCCCGAGUCAUCUGAAGAAGGCGAAGCUCAUGUUCUUCUACACCCGCUACCCCAGCUCCAACGUGCUGAAAACCUUCUUCCCUGAUGUCAAGUUUAAUCGCUGCAUCACCUCUCAGCUGAUCAAGUGGUUCAGUAACUUCAGGGAGUUCUACUACAUCCAGAUGGAGAAGUUUGCCCGCCAGGCCAUCGUUGACGGCGUCACCGACGUCAAAGACAUCUCAGUUAGCAGGGACUCGGAGCUCUUCCGGGCACUGAACAUGCACUACAAUAAAGCCAACGACUUUCACGUCCCUGAUAGGUUUCUUGAGGUUGCUGAGAUUACCUUGCACGAGUUUUACAACGCCAUUUCCGCAACUAAAGAUUCGGACCCAUCGUGGAAAAAAGCCAUAUACAAGGUAAUCUGUAAACUGGACAGCGACGUCCCGGAGGAGUUCAAGACGUCUUCCUACUUAUAG